AUAACUGUACAAUCGAUAACAGCUUGCUCGACUCUAGUAGCACACGAAGGCUGAUGACGAACGUGAAAAAUCUUCUAAAAAUAAAUUUACGUUAAUAAACGUCGCAUUAAAGAAGCUGGGCAAAUACGAAUUGCCAAAUAUAAUUUGUAUAUAGUCAAAUAAACAAGCCAAAGAAAAACAUACACAUUGGCAGAAACAAGUUAGCUGCUGGCGUUUUGGCUUUGUUCACGAUUCGCUUCUCGCCGUUACCGUCGCCGUCGCUGCUGGGUCGUAUGUGUGUGGAAUUUCGCAGCAUUCAUUAGUAUUUGUUGUGCAGUGGGACGACAACGACGUCUCCACCUCCUCGAAAAGAACGCUAACGAUAACCUUGAGCGCUUAUUGCGACGAGGCAAAAGGGGAAGAACAAGAAACAACAACGAUUGAGCCCCGUUGAGUGAGAGCUUCUAUUAGAAGUGGAGCUGUAACUGAACAGGCCCUGGAGCUGAACGAGGCAAAGCAAACAUCUGGGCAAGAUAAGGGCGCCAGCAGCGAAACCAUUCGUGUUCGCUUAUAUUUAUUGCAAAAGCAGCUCGGAUAGAAAAGCAGAGAAAGAACUUAUUGGCCCAGUCGCUCAAGUUCUAGUGCUUGUGCCUCGUAUAUGUGUGUUGGCAAUACGCCUAAAAUAGGAAAUCAGUGGCAAGAUGAUUCAUGUGGGCGAGAACACCUGGAACCUGCGGAUAUUUAUCACAGAUCUGCAGGUGGAGAAAACGUUACGUGUGCGCGGUGACCAGCACAUUGGCGGCGUUAUGCUGCAGCUAGUCGAUCCAGAGAUGCCCAAGGAUUGGUCCGAUCAUGCGCUCUGGUGGCCAGCAAAAAAUGUUUGGCUAACGCGCACGCGCUCCACCCUCGACCAGGCAGGCGUACAAUCGGAUUCUUUUCUACACUUUACGCCCAUGCACAAGACGUUGCGAGUCCAGAUGCCUGACUUACGCUAUCUAGAUUAUCGUGUUAAUUUCUCAAUUAAAACAUUUGGCGCUGUGGUAAAUCUCUGCAAGGAGCUUGAUAUACGUUAUCCGGAAGAGCUAUCACUAUGUAAGCCUGUCGAGCAGGAGCAUUUAAAGAAGAACUUUUCGAAGCUACCCCAAAAGAUGAUACCCGUUUCAGAGGCCAAUGGCACUGCUUAUUUGCAUCCUGCAGCGGACACUAACUCAUUUGUGCCCAUUACGAAUGCUUAUAAUGGUAGCAAUGGUAGUUUGGACAGAUCCCAUGGCAACGGAAAUCUUUUAUGCGCUCCAACGUCGCCAUACGCAACAACUCCCCGUCGUGCGACCACUGCACCGGGCACACCCAUAAGCUCGCCCACUGGCACCUGGAGGCACAACAACAGCCACAAUGGCUAUGUCGCCUAUGACUCGGGUUCCAUUUUUGGUGAAUUACAGGAGAAUUUGUCCGUCUCUCCACGCUCGCCCAGUCCAGAUGUGCGCGCUCGCCUUGUGCGCCCCAAGACGCUGGUCCAGAAGGCCCGCCUGAACGUUGGAUGGUUAGACUCUUCGCUGUCCAUCAUGGAGCAAGGUGUGCGAGAAUUUGAUACGCUCUGUCUGCGAUUCAAGUACUUUACGUUUUUCGAUCUGAAUCCGAAGUAUGAUCAAGUUCGCAUCAAUCAGCUGUACGAGCAGGCCAAAUGGUCCAUACUCAACGAAGAGUUGGACUGUACCGAGGAGGAAGCAUUGAUGUUUUCCGCGCUUCAGUUUCAAGUGAAUCAUCAAACGGAUUUGCAUCCGGCCGGCGUUAGUUCCGGUAUUGAUUCGUCCAGCCAAAAAAACGGCGGCGAUGACGACAUUGACUCGGCACUGAAUGAGCUGCAAAUCACACUGGAGGGCCCAAAUUCAGGUAGCGAUACGGGCAAUAUAACACGAAUACCUGAACUCUCAGACUACUUGCGAUUCCUGAAGCCACAGAUGUUCACGCUGAGGGGCUACAAACGCUACUUCUUCACGUAUCGCGACCUGCAUCUGUACCUCUACAAAUCACAAGAGGACACACGUCGCGGUGCACCGAGCAUCACAAUCAAUCUGCGUGGCUGCGAGGUGACACCUGAUGUGCAUUUAGGCCAAGGCAAGUUUGGCAUACGGCUGGAGGUGUCCCCAGGACGCGACGGCCCCAACAGCGAAUACUGGGUGCGCUGUGAGAAUGAGGAGCAAUAUGCAAAAUGGAUGGCUGCUUGUCGCCUUGCAGCCAAGGGACGUUCGCUGGCCGAUAGCAGCUAUGAGAGCGAGGUGAGCAGCAUACGGUCGCUGCUCCAGAUGCAGAAACCGCAGGCACAAGCGGCGCCUUUGAAUAUCAAUCCGCGUGCAGUGGAUGCCAAUGAUUAUCUUUCUCCCAAAAUGCUGCGUAAGCUGUCCGGAAAGGCAGUGCAACGGAUUCUGGAAGCGCACGCCAAUGUGCGCCAGCUCCAGUUGAUGGAUGCCAAGCUGAAGUACAUAGAGGCUUGGCAAUCGCUGCCAGACUUCGGUGUCACGCUCUUUGUCAUCAAAUUCGAUGGCCACAAAAAGGAAGAGCUGCUGGGCGUGGCGCACAAUCGCAUCAUGCGCAUGGAUUUGAAUACGGGUGAUCAUCUGAAAACCUGGCGCUACAACACAAUGAAAGCCUGGAACGUUAACUGGGGCAUUAAGUGCAUGAUGAUUCAAUUCCUCGAUGGGAACAUUGUGUUCUCUUGCCUAUCCGCAGACUGCAAAGUGGUGCACGAGUUUAUCGGCGGCUAUAUCUUUAUGUCCAUGCGCUCCAAAGAAAACAAUCAGACGCUUAACGAGGAAAUGUUCCACAAGCUGACAGGUGGUUGGUCAUAAGAUAAAUGAAAUCCAUCUGGCGUCUGCGUCUUACAAGUGCCAAGCACAAUUUUUGCAUGUUUACAAAUCUAUUUGAAUUAAUUAAUUUGUGUGUGUGUGUGUACGUAUAUGUGUAAAUGUUAUAUGCCCAGUAGAUCGCCGUUUCUAUUGGGCGCUAUUGUCCAACGUUAAUAUCUAGACUAAUAUGUAAUAUCUAUUUAACAGAGUGCCUGUUGUGCCUUGAUAUACGAAUCAAUUUUAAUUUUGUACCGACAUGUCCAAGUCAAGUCCGUGUCUCCUGUGUGUACUAAACAGAAAAUGUGUUAAUGUACCUCGUUAUCAGUGUGUUUUGAACGUAGUUAAAAGUGUGUAGAAGGAUAAUUCACCAGCUAAUCAGAUUUUUGUACUAGUUUUUUGUUUUUCAUGAAAACACUGUCCAAGUGGCCUUGGAAAUGCCUUGCAAACUAACCAGAAAUUUUAUAUAUUGUAUAU